AUGGAUAUUUUAGAUUGUGGUAGAUACAGCGAAAGUUUUCACGAUAUUUUCGAUGGCGAGCCUUCUUCUUGGAUUGAAAUUGCUCCGAAUGCAUCCAAGUUUGCUGUUUACAACGCUGUCCGUUCAAUUGUAUUGGAGGUGGAAACUAAAAACUCGAGAUGCCUUGGAGUCGGAGCUAACGGUUCUGGCAAAUACGUUAAACCCUUUUGCUACCAUCAAAAUUCCGGUAAUGACAAUGAGCAAAAUUGUCUUUCGUGCAAGGAAAAAUCAAAGGAUAGUAGUAGCCUUAAGGAGGCAGAUAUACCAGAAUUUGAUUUUGAUGACAAUUUCGAGAGCGAUGAGCCGCAAAUUUUCAAUGUACCAAAAAUUGUUGGCGCUGGAUUGGAAAGCCUCUAUGAAAUCAUCUCAGAAACCAGAACCGAGCAUCCUAGAAUAUGUGCGAAGGCGCUAAAAUCACUGUACGAUAUUAUUCAAGGACAAGACCCUGAAAGUUUUCGGAACGAGCCCGACAAAUUAUUCAACUCUUUGUAUGAUAUCCUCAUAGAGUUAGCGACAAUGCACAGUCAAUCCCCGGCAAACGCCAAUCUUCACCAAAAAGAUUUUAACUGGUCUUCAAUCAGUUGUUCUACGUUACUGGCACUUUGCACUGCAAAAGGAGACACUGGAAAAUUACUCAAAGCAGUCACCUCUAUUCUAAUGUCACCAAAGAUUCUAUCGGCCCAACUAAUCCAACUACCGCAAACUAUUAUCAAACUACAACGCAGUGUGCACUCAGUUACGCUUGGCAAAUUGAACAUUCCCGACUAUUACUCGUAUGGAAUCUCACCAAAUAGUCUGAUUGAUUAUUUUUACAUCAAGGAUUAUAUGUUUGUUGAAAAAGUUUUCACACCAAACUGCAUAGCAUCCGAUGGUAAAUAUAUCUACAUUCUUAUUUCUAAGUCGCUGGUAAAAAUAGGUUCGGGCUUUAACGGUACCGUACCGGGAUUCAUUUACGGUAUUGCCAAAGACUUCGGCAAAGAUCGCAAUGAAUGGAUUGGUUACUGUAAUAACAAACUUUUCUACAAGAAACUGUCAAAACGAAACAUGGAUAACCUUCUGGUCGUGGAUACUGAAACUUUGCAAAUUACAGGUUCUAUUCAAACGCAAGCAAACAUCUCUAUGAAGGAUGGCAAUAACUGUCUGCUGUUUACCGACGGUGAAUCGAUAUCAUGUAUAUGUACUACGACAGGAAGCGAUAACCUGCUCGUCAAGCAACUGUAUUCGAAAAGUUCAUUCGCCUUCGACUUGAACCUAAAGUUAGCAAGAAACGGAUUUUUUACGCUUGGGUACUCAAUCUUUGAAGAGGAAAUCUUGAGCGAAAAUCAGCUAAAGAAAAUUCAAAGUUCGAGUAACAAUUUCGUGCCUACGUUACCGAAUGAAGUUGACUUGAGUGGAAUAGCUUGUGGAAAAGAAUUUGGUGUGGUAUUGGGAAAUAAUGGCAAAGUUUUCUACUACGGUAAGGGUAGCAGUCUUGGGCUGAAGGCUGUCGGAAAAAAUCCAAGUUUGAAAUUAAAUGAAAUUGUCAUUUCGAAAGCCACCACCUUUUCCCAGGUUGCCGUUGGUCAUGAUGGUAUUCAUGCACUUCUUUUGAACGAAGAUGGAACCGUUUUUUUCGCUGGAACUGCUCGAAGAGGGGAAGACGGAGAGCAAUCAAAAAAUCGACGACAAUUGAAAGCAAUUAAACCAAAAAAAGUUAGUAAAAUAGACGGAUACUUCAUUACUCAUGUGUCUUGCAACAACGGCACAUCUGCUUUUGUUACAAAAGAUGGAAAAUUAAUUAUUUUUGGAAAAGACACUAAUUAUUGCGAUUCAUCUGGAAUAGUAACUGGACUAAGUGACGUUCACAUUGUAAAAGUGGCAUUGGGCAAGGCGCAUUGCGUGUCACUUGAUGCCAAAGGUCAACUUUAUACGUUCGGGUUGAAUAACAAAGGUCAAUGUGGUAGGAAAUUUACGAAGGAUCGCAGCGGUACGUCAUUACAUUUCAUUUCAAUAAUUAUUGGCUUGAUUUUUACAAUUCGUUUUUUAGAUGAUACAUUCGAUCCAAAACCAAAGCAGCAAACGUUCAAACCUAUGUGCCCAAUCGAUGAACACACCAUCGUUGAUGGAAAGUGUAGAAUUUGCAACGUUUGUCGGGAGUGUACAGGCUAUAACACCGCGUGUGUAUCAUCUAAGAAAAUUUUUGUUCACGAGCGCAUUCCUGGAACAACAUGUUCCUGUGGGCACGGAAGCGCUGGAUGUUCCAAAUGUGGAAGUUGUAGCACAUGCGUUGCCUCACAAGAAAGUGGUUCGCUAGAAAACAAUGCUGAGGUAACGUCUGUGGUAGAUCGGGUGAAAGAAGUUCUCCACAGAAAGUAUGAUAACUUGCGUCAUGGAGAAGAUGGCAAUCAGCUGUCGGAUGCAGAUGCUCCGCGCGUUGCUCCUGUUCCACCUCAACGGGUUGAGUUACCUUCAAAAAGUCCGAUAGUGCAAAUCAGCUGUGGACUUCAUCAUACCGUCGUUCUAACUUUAUCCGGCGAAGUGUUUACAUUCGGUAGUAAUCAGUAUGGGCAACUUGGCACAGGCGAUCUUCAACCCAUAUCAGGUGCCCAUCUAGUUAAGAUACCACACAUGGUCAACCAAGUUGCUGCCGGUAGCAAUCAUACCGUUGUACUUACUUCGAAAGGAAUUGUGUAUACAUUUGGAAAUUACCAGAAAGGACAGCUUGGUCGGCUCCCGAGUGAAACAAAUCUCACAUCGGAUUGUUAUUCCGGAUCUAAUAGCUCGACUACAAGGCUAGAGUCAAAUGAUAAAAAUACUGUUGGCGAUAUUCUAUUACAACGACAAAAAUUUCUAUGGAAUUGUUCCCCGGGUGCUGUGUCGGGAAUUGGACCAUCAACCGGAAAAAAGGCGUCUUGGAUAGGAGCCAGCGGUGAUCAGACAUUUAUCAAAAUCGACGAAUCAUUAGUUAACGCUUCCAUGCUUUCAAAGUUCAGUGUUGUUGCCGAUAAAAAUACAAUAUUGCUUGUCCCAAAUAACCAACUUCAACUCAAUUCAAUCGCCAUAAACCGUCGCAAUGGAAACUGUAAAGCUCACAACACAAAUCAAUUUGAUUUCAAAACAAUUAUCGACAAAAUUGACGACAAAGGAUGUCAAGGUGGUAGAAAACGAGUGAAGGCACAUCAGCCUCAACAACAACCUUACUACAAUGCGGAAGGAAUAGUGGAAAAUCAGGACAUGGUUAUGUCUGAGCUAGACCUGUGCCAUGAAUCGAAGCACGCGCCCGAUGGUAGUAAACAAACCACUGUCAGUUUUGCGUUCACCAUGGAUCCCUGUUUCAAUAUAUUAUGGGGAUUUGACAGUGUCUCAAAAAGUAUGAUGUUUUUCAAUGUUAUAGCUUCGGAAAUUGCACCCCAUUCUGAACAUGCAAAGGAUUUAGUUGCUAUUCUAACUCCCGAAAUCGCUCUGCCUAUUCAAGCAGAUGCGGAAGUUGCUCGGUAUCAAGUUUCCCUUAAUAUUCUGGCUACUCUGGAUAUCCUGACUACCAAUCAGAAAGCACUCAAAAAGUGCUUUGUACCAUCGGACGAUGCCCAUAAAGUUAAUGUGGAUGGCAAAGACAGCUGCGAGUACAAUACGGUUUGCAGAUUCGAAAGCUUCGGUGGCGGAUGGGGAUAUUCGAGUUACAGUGUAGAGGCUAUUCGUUUUAUGAGUGACACUGACGUUAUCAUCGCUGGUUUCGGGAUGUACGGAGGUCGCGGCGAAUACACUUGUAAAUUAAAACUGUUCGAUUUAGGCUAUGACGGCGGCACUGUCGAAAGAGAUGGAGUUUUACUAUCAGAAGUCGAAGAGGUCCCGUUUGAAUGUCCCUCAAAGUGCAAAUAUAAUAUCACGCUUCCAAGCCCGGUGACAAUCAGUGCCGAACGGUGGUACGUGAUACUGGCCAAAAUUUCAGGCCCAUCAUCGGACUGCGGGUCUUCGGGACAAACUUCUGUAACCACGGCCGAUAAUGUGGUAUUCCAGUUCAAGACUUCCAAGAAGGCAAAUAACGGAACUAACGUAGGCGCCGGACAAAUUCCGUCCAUUUUGUACCGGAUAAUUUCACAGAACAGCAAAGCAGUAUUCCCAACUGUUUUGAAUGAUCCGGUUUGCAAGCUUUCGAAAAAUUUUGCUAAUACUCUUACGAAGGAUUGCUUUGAAAGUUUAGUUAUGCUACUGAAUUGGUCAUGGAGUUCGUUCAAAAUUUCUACUGCCGACAUUCUGGAAACGAGAAAAACGAAUCAAAAUAUAAUCUCCCUAAAUAGACUUGUGUACAUCUGUAAAGCUAGCUUGAGAUUGUUAAGGAAGUACAUAAAUGAAAUUUAUCCCUACAAAGGAUUUAACAACGUAGCGUCUGAGAGUAUUCAACUAGCUGAAUGUAUUGGAGACGUGCGCGCUUUGUUGACUCAAAUCCUCUGUGAUGAACUACCCUACCAUUCUGGUAACGAUAUCUCCACCAUGAUACUAAAUGUAUUAGAUGAAUGUCAUACCACGUUUGUUAGCUGUUUCAAUGCAUUUUAUCCUACUUCGUUUCUGAAAUGGAACUGCAUUUGCAACCUACUUGCUCAGAUUGAUAAAGGAGUUCUGCAUUCACGUUUACUAAGUGGUGUUUUAGCUGGUUUAUGUGAUCCAAACAUUAACCUUCGGUCAACAUUUUCUAUGCUAUCGCCUAAUGUGGAAUAUAAGUCCCUUACUAGUCCUAGCGACAAUCUGGGAUUCCCAAUGCUCGUCAGUUCGGAAAACUACCAGUAUCCGAUUCUUGUAGAGCAAAUGUUGUAUCGAACGCAGAAAGAAAAAAACAUCACGUGCAGCUCGUGGACCUUCAAGGAUGUACUUAACAGACUGCUGGAUAUCAUUUCAAAACCCGUUCGAUUGAAAAUAGAGAAUAUUUAUAACAACCAAAGUACUGACAUCUAUAGUGGAGACGCUAUGAAGCGACGAUUGAAUAACAAUUUAAUAACUAAUUCAUGUAGAUUACUAUCUAAGGUAUUGGCAGAAAUUAUCUAUCAGAACUGUUCUAUUGAUGUCGAAACGGCAGUAGUUCCAUCAAACGUAUUGCAUUCAAGUGGUAACCGAUUUGCGAAGGUAGAUGUUAGCAAAACAUGGAAUACCGGCAAUUUUGGUCCAGAUGCCAUAGCAUUUACUGUCGAUCGGCCGGGUAUAUCGAUUGCGGGAGCCUGUGUUUACUCCGGCUCUGGUAGUUACGAAUAUCAACUGGAACUGUUGUAUGAUAGCAUGGAAUCCAAAAGUCAACUCCAACAUAAAUGGGAAGUAAUCGAAUCAGUGGUCGGAGCGUAUGAUCAAAGUAUGGUUAAAAACUUUAUGACAGAAAUCAAAUUCGAUCGUUGCAUAAGCAUCAAAGAGAACGUUCGAUACGCAUUGCGUUUGUGUUCUCAAGGAGCACGCACUUGUUCCGGUGAUGGAGGGUUUGCAGCUAUUCGUGGCCCUUGUGGAGUGACAUUCAAGUUUUAUCCUUGCGAUUUAAGCUUUAAUGGGACUACCCCGGCUCGAGGACAAAUUCCUUGCAUUUUAUACUAUAGUAUCCCAACCAUCAAUGACAGUUACGCCGGAAAGUAUAGCAAAGAAUCGCAUGCUCGAGAUAUUGCCCUACAAAUCUCAACCGAUAUUACAUCAAGAUGCAAGGAUUUACUGAUACAUGCUAGAAACGCAAUAGCGUUUUCCUCCACAUCAAGCGACAAAAGCUCUAAUUCGUCACACAAUACUCAUACCGUAGAUUCCGAGCAUAACAUCACACCAAUCGAAGAGCAUCUAGAUAUUGCCUGGAUUAACAACUCGGACAUAGCAAAUGUGAACAAUGUUACCAGCAGUAGUUUCGACCACAAUUCCUCUACAGCUAAAGAUAUUACUAAACGUAUUGAAAAUUUUUCAAAGGGCAUUAUAGAAACACUUAAAUUUGAUAAAAAGUCAAGGAAUUCGAUUGAUUUUGAUAUAGAAAUAGAAAUUGGCGCUGAAGAAAUAACUCCCAAUGAUUACGUUGACGACAGAAAUAACAAAUUAGAUUCCAUUUCUAAUGGAAAUGCUUCAGGUCUCGGAAUUCAAAACAAAGCAGAUAAUUUCUCAAUGUUGAACGAUGCAGCUAGUGAUGCAGAGGAAUUCAACCACCAACUGAAUCAGGAAAGAAUUAUCCAGCUUUUUUCAGCGGAAGACUCGUGUUUGUUUACAAUGCUAUUGCCGCUGACCUUUGCACACAUCGGUCCUCUUGUGUGCAGCAAUUUGAAGAGUUCCGUAGAAGUACUAAGUCUUAUUCGGGCUAUUUUACCGCAUGUGUCGGCAUUGAAUCAAAUCAAUAACUUCAAACUUUAUGAAUCGAGCAAAGCCGAAAACAGCGAAGCUACACGUAAAAGUAUACUCGGAGAUCACAAUGAUUUGUGCACUACAAGUCACUACUAUUGUAUUGUUGAAAGUGAGCAUCCUUAUAAGUCUAGCUCAGUAGCGAACUAUCGUGUUGAGUUUCCUCCCAGUGUUCGUUGGAUGACUAUAGAUUUCGAUCCGCAGUGCGGUACCGUACAGCCGGAGGAUUAUGUUUAUCUGAAAACACCCAAAUACCCGGAGAGAGCCAGAGCAGAGACGGCCUUUAUUAAUGAUAAUCAUGCAUCGACAAUAAAUGCACGCAAAAGCAAGGAGGUUAAAUUGGAAAGAUGUGUAACCAGUGAAAAGGCUGCAAAAAAUGAUUUGCCAGAUAUUGAAUGGAUUGUUAUCAAGAAAUUUAACACGCCACAGAACUGGAGCACUAAUGCCAUAGUUCUUCCGGGAAAUAAGCUGGAAAUUUCAUUAGAAACGGCUUCAACUUAUGUGCGAGAACCAAAAGGAAAUAGGUACGGGUUCAAAUGUGCUAUAAUAGGCUACGACAAUAAGAGUGUUGUAAAAUAUCCAAGCACUUCGUUGAUUCAUCUCGAGUAUGAAUUAUCUUAUUUGGGAGGUCUGUGCAGUGCAAAUUUGCUAAAAAAGGAUUUAAUAUUUUCGGAUGACAUCAAUGAGAGCGUUGUUAAUGUAGAAGACACUAUUAAAAAACACUCCGCAUUACUAUCGAAAGGCUUGAUGGUAUCCGAUGCAGUACUAACCAUCAGUAAUGCUUUGGAAGCAAAUCUACCAAUCACCGAGCAAAGCUACGAAAAGCAAUUUCUGAAGGACUUCAUCUAUGUGGCGGCAGGGUCUCCCGGUGCUCGGUUGGCGGCCUGGCUGCAACCGGAAUCACGCCUGGAUCCGAAUAAAUGUGAAAUUAAAAUGUCACAAGAGCCACUACGUUGCGGUUGGCCUUCCCAUUUUAUCAUUGAAACACGAGACCAGUAUGGAGAUGAAAUUUUUGUGCCCGGAAUUAAGAUCGAAGUAAAGGCUUCACUUGGAAGUAACAUUAUUUCCGAAAGCAACAGGAAACUACAUAUGAAAUCGCGCAAUGAUUCGCUCUAUUUGGGAGGUGCUGCACUGCCUCCUAAAAUGAGCUAUGAGUGUACGUUUAAAGAGAAGGAAAAAAGCUGUCUUAAAGCCAUAACCGCUAUGAAACCAUUUCAACCGUACUCAUUUGAAGAGCUGCGCUAUUGUAAUACGAUACAAAAUAAAACCACAGAGAUCCUGACCGCAAACGAUCUGGGUAAUAACACUUACGGUGUAUUCUGGACUCCGAGUGUACCGGGCAACUACAGCUUAACUAUAACGAUCGAUGGCGUUUGUGUGGAAGAAAUUUACCGAGUAGAUGUAAUCGAUGCCGGUUUGCCGCCUUUAUCGCAAGAAACCACAUUGAAGAAAGUACAACCGCCGACUAAGUUGAGAAAGUUCAUUGCAAAAAACUCCGCUGGCUUGCGAGUUCGACUGCAUCCAACGUUGCAAUCCGAUCAAAUCGGAAUCGUUAAACUGAACGGUAUAGUUUCUUAUAUUGAUGAGAUGGAAAAUGACGAUGGCUUAUGGGUUCGACUAUCAACAGAAUCAAUCCGCGAACAUUGCACCUCGAGUUGGUUUCCCACUGAAGCUUGGUGUUUACAGUACAAUCAGCAUUUGGGCAAAACGUUGCUGCAUCCCAUUUUGGAAUCGAGCUCCACCAAAGCUUUGAUGGAACAGGUAGAUCAAAGCAGUCCCACAACUUCUGAUGCUAAUGAAGAAAAUGAGAAUACUAUCGAUUAUUUUGAUUUUAUGAAGACGGAUCAUCCUGCUGACGAGGCAUCAUCUACAAUUGAUGAGGAGUUGGCGACUGCUAAACUGCUCCAGAUAACGGAAACUUCUGAAGAAAGCUCCGUCAAUGCACCGAAUAUUAAUAUCGGUAAUCUGAACCAGAGUAACAUUGGGGCGGCUAUCGCCGGUGUUGUCGGUGGUGGCGCUAAAAAGAUGCAAGCUCUGCAAAAAUGGCUUAAAGGAGACAGCUUCGAGGAGAAUGAGUCGCCUAAAAAGCGGAAAAACGAAACAUGCGAACCGAGAAGUAACGGUAAUCGGUCAUUCGAUCGCAGUAGAAGCGUCAGCCCAGAAAUGUUUUCUCUACGGCGAUGUGAUUCAUCUAGCAGCACGAAAUCGGAUGCAUCGAAACAUUUACCUAACAAGGGGGCAUUAAAAUUGGAUGAGAAUGUGGAAGAACGCAAAUCGGUAGAAAACAUUAUAGCUCCCCCAGAAGGUACAUACUCUACCGGAAUACCGUUUAAUAAAUCGCUGAAAAUUGAAUCGAAAGAGUUGCCCAAAAGAGCGUUAUCUCCUUCGAUUGCUGAAACACUACGAGCCGUGUUCUCGGCCUUUCUGUGGCAUGAAGGUUUAGUACACGAUGCAAUGGCUUGUGCAUCAUUUCUAAAAUUUCACCCUAGCAUAUCGAAAAAGGAAAGCGAAAAUAUGCCAGUUGGGAAUCCUCAUGAACGUCUGCUGACAAGGGAACAAAAAGUACUGCAAAGACAUUCAGUAGAAAUAUCUAACGCCGGUACUUAUCUGAACAUACGUCCAUCAACGUUGGAGACUUUAGCUAAAAUUGGAAAUUGUUGUGUCCAUAAUCGAAAGCUUCGCAACAGAAAUAUUAUUUCAUUUAUUCUUUCUCAGGCUGAUAUCUUAACAUACAGAGAUGGAGAGUUUCCUCAACCAAGUGCUCUGCCGCCUGCAUUACGAUGUUUAGUGUAUGUUUGGGACCAACUUUGCUGCAACUUCAUUCACCUAGUUGAAACAAAUUCCAACGAUAAGGAAAAUGAUUUGUGAGUCUCAUUGAAGUCGAACAAACCGGGUGAGGAAAAAGCAUACAAUGCUAAAGGCGUGACUCAGAAAAAAGUCGAAGACGGUUGUUGGUGUGAGCUGUGUGAUGUAUUUUUACCGAUUCCUGUAACGUAUCAUAUGAGGAUCGUACAUCCCGGCUGUGGCAAGUAUGCCAAGGGAAAAGGUUACAAUUCGAUAGGUGUUUACUGCGAAGGAUGGGCUGGAAAUUGUGGUGAUGGCGGACAAGGCGUUUCCAGCUGGUACCUGAUGUGCGAAAAAUGCCGACAAAAAUACGUUAAUUCUGCUAAAGUAACAAAUAACGUUAAUUAUAAUGAGGGGAAUAAUGGCGGACAUAAAGCAGAUGGAGGAUCUAACGUCAUGUUGGGUUUUGGAGCUGAAUCGACGAUUCCUUCCGAAUUAUUCACUAUAAUGAAGGAGAAUUCGUUUUUUCUGCUUGAACUAAAUUCUUACAAUGGAGGUCUAAUCAAUAAACCAUCAAACGGAGCAACAGAAGUAGGCAUACAGGAGCAACCGAAUAACAGCAGGUAUACAAAUGUCGAUUUAAAUGAUUCGUAUGACUCGAGCUAUUAUUUCGAUGAAAAAAAUGUAAAUUGGAGUAGUGGAGUAAAAAAGGACUCAAACCGAAUUUUAUGUGACACCUCGUCUGAACUAAUGUGGCCACCACCCGAAAUGUUGUCGUGUUUGGAGGCACUGGGAGCUAAAGCCAAUAAUGAUCUUACUUACGAUAUGUUUGAUAUUAAUAUGACCGCCAUGCACGCCUACGACAUAAAGGGGUUCGACAACGCUUCGAUGGAGAUGGCUGAUUCAUACGGAAAAAAUGUUCAAGUAUCCCCUGCUAUCCCAUCGACUAGCAAAUUUCACCGCAGUUUUUCGAUGGGACAAGGCUGGCAUACACCACAAAACAAAAUAGGCAAUGAUUUUAAUAUGCAGCAUAAAAUGGAAAAUGGCACGAAACCUGAAGUUACAGGCAAUGUUGUCCUACGACGUAAAAAACAAUGCACGUGCACUAGUGGAGACUCGAACCUGCUCAACUAUCCCUCCAUUAAUUUACAGAAAUUAGUACCAGAACACUUGUUAAACAAUAGUUUCUCCAAAGAUUCUACACCAACCAGCAGGAACAAGCAUAAAGUAAACAGCAAAAUAAAUGACAAAAAUAAUAUUCAAACCAAUCCUCGAGCGGCCCUGAUGGCGAAUGGAAAACGUCCUGAGGAAAUCAAUUUUUCGGAAUUCCUGGAACUGUACCACAAUAAUGCCCGUGACAAUAGCGAAAAAAUCAAAAAUGCUAAUGAGAAACCAGAAUCUGCCAUAGGAUCGGAAGGUUCAAACUCAGCUUAUAAGCUAGAUGCACAAGUCGGUGCCUUGUCACUUCUUAACAGACCGUCGAUGACCUUCAUGCUGGAAAAGCACGAUCUGAAAAAACUACGCCAUUUAAUGACCCGAAAUCUUCGAAAAACAGUAUGUAAUAUCUACAGUUUACAAGCGUUAAACUGGUUGUUGAGGUCUGUGACGCAACCAAUUGGCCUGCAUGACAUCAUGUGGUGGUUUAUUUCCUCUCUAUCUUAUUCUACGCAUGACAACGAGGAUGAACCAAAAUUGGACGAAGGCGUAUUGGGACUUGAACAUCCGGGAUCAAACCAAUUUAAUGGUCCUCUUUCGCAAACCCUUUCCCAAAGCUUACAUUAUCUGUUGCAAACAAUUGCUGAUCUAACCUUACUUUUACCUUCGGGAUCUGCGCUUCAGAAAACAGCCGUACAAUGUUUCGGGCUCAAGUUCAAACAGUCCGAUCACCAAUUUCUGCACCGGUCGCAUGUGUUUGGCAACAUUUCAAAAAUCUUAUCCAAAUCUGAAGAACAAAAUGAAGAAAAUCUGGUACCCUCGAUGGCAAUGCUAAGUUCAUUUCCAAAUCAAAUAGAUGUUUACCCAGAGGACUGCAUAAAGAUCAAUUUACUCAAUGACAUUACGGAAAUAUUUGAUUUGGUCGUAUCAUCACGGCCAGCCCUUGCGAACUCGCUGAUCGACAAUUCGACAGAAACGUUCUGGGAAAGCGACGAAGAAGAUCGUAACAAACCGAAGAUUAUCGAGCUUACAAUGAACCGCACAAACUAUCAUUGCAGGGUUAUAUAUGUGCAUAUCGACAACAGUCGAGAUAUUGGGAGCAAAGUGUCCAGCAUCCUAGUGUAUGGAGGAAGUUCAUUUGGCGAAACAACUUUGCAGAAAACAAUCGACGUUGAUCCGCUAGCAUGCUGUUGGAUAUCCGCUCCUAUUACGGAUGAUGAAUGUACUCACUAUCGCUUGGAGUUUCGUGGACCGGAAGCCACUUUGCGGGUGCGACAAAUCAAAUUACUUGGUUACAGUGCUGAUGAUAAAGCUGCACAAUUCAGGCACAAUUUGAAGAUGAUAAACGCCACUUACAUCCAGCAGAAAAAUUGUGAAACAGAAACAUUGCGUGUAUUUCGACUUUUAACGGGACAAGUAUUUGGUAAGCUUAUUUUGGAAAGUGGCAAGAAUUUUAACUAUGCUGGAUCCAACACUCCGACUUCGUCGAAAAUUAACGACUCGACAGUAAUAUCCUCAUCGACAGAAUCGCUAGAUUUGCGCGAGCACAUGGUUGGGAUUCUGUUCAGUCGUAGUAAAUUGAGCCACCUGCAGAAACAAAUCAUAGUCCAUAUCGUGCAUGCCAUACAAAAGGAAGCACUACGCUCGCGAGAAGAGUGGGAACAUAAUGUUUUGUACAGUGCUGACAAUGAAACUGACUUCGAGGACAAUCUAAAGUUGAACGAUACUUACUGCUUCGAAAUGUUGAGCAUGGUACUAGCCUUAUCAGGGAGCGCCGUCGGCAGGUCCUAUUUAUCCCAGCAGCAUGGCUUAUUGAAGGAUCUGUUUUCAUUAUUGCAUACAGGUAGUGACAGGGUGCAACGCCAGGUUACUGCAUUGAUACGACGCAUUCUACCAGAAAUUUCACCCGAAACACUCUGUGAACUGCUUGGAGUCGAAAAGGUGCCAGAAACGGACUUCAAUCUGCUCAGCCAGAACAACGAAAUGUUCAACAUGAACAAGUAUAGUUCUGCUAAUCGAACGAGUAAAAAAACAUAUUCAACUGAUUUUCUUUUUAGAUGCGGUAUCCUAGAUAUUUUCUUGGCUGUCAUUGCUAAAGCCCUACAGGUACAGAUUAAAGUUAAAAACAAUUCCAACAAAAAUCCACCUUCGAUGAAAUUCAAACCGGGCAUUCGCGUCGAACCGGUUAUCAAACCGCGCUGGUUUCUGAAUGGAACCAUUUCCUCGAAGCAGGCCGAAAAUAUUAUGUCUCUUAUUCGCGAUAUGGCGCAUGGUAAACUGUCAGAGAAAUGGUCACUUAUUACGAAAGCUGCCAUUGCCGAAUGCAUCUUGAAUAUUACGCGCCUGUCUGAUGUUUAUCGUGUACCAGAAACCUGUAUGACCACACCAACCCUGUGGCUAACUCUGGCAAGUCUUUGUGUUCUCGAUCGAGAUCAUGUGGAAAAGUUAUCCUCCAGUCAGUGGUCCAAACAAUCAGAAUCAAGACCGCUGUGCUCCAACCACGACGACGACGUCACGUUUGCGAUGAUAAUCUGUAGUCUGUGUGGGUCACUAUGUUCCGAUUGCGAUCGUUUCCUGCACUUGAAUAGGAAAACAAGAAACCAUUAUAGAACGGUUUGCAAAGAAGAGGAGGAAGCGAUUCGUGUGGAGCUCCACGAAAGCUGCGGUCGUGCGAAGUUGUUCUGGUUACUUGCUCUGGUAGAUUCCAAAACACUAAAGGGUAUGCUAGAGUUCCGAAAUGGCAAUAAUACACUAGUAUGCGAUCCGCCGAACGCGAUCGGCGUUUGCCGCUUUUGUGGUGUAACCGGAAAUACCGGUCUGCUAGCUGUUGGAAACGUUUGUGUUGAUCAGCAGUGUCAGGAGUAUGCAGCAAAUGCUUGCACGAAGAUCCAUCAAUGUGGUCACUUAUGUGGAGGCAUUAUUAACGAGGAACGAUGUCUGCCAUGUUUACAGCAAAAGUGUCUUGCAAGUGAGAGCAACAUGAGUGAGAAAGAACCAAAACUAACACAGGACGCCGACGACAUGUGCAUGAUUUGCUUUACGGAGGCGCUCUCGUCGGCACCAUCUAUUCAGCUGGACUGUGGGCACGUCUUUCAUUGUCAUUGUUGCAAAGCGGUCCUCACCAGGCGAUGGAAUGGACCGCGAAUCAGUUUUGGAUUUUCGCAAUGCCCUAUUUGUAAAAUGGAUAUACAACAUUCGGCACUUGUCGAUUUAUUGGAACCUAUCGUUUCAUUAAAAGUCGACGUAAAGAGAAAGGCUUUGAUGAGAUUGGAAUACGAAGGAAUAGCCAAAACUAUGGACAGUAAAAAUCUGGCUGUUUAUGCAAUGGAACGCUACGCAUAUUAUGUAUGCAGUCAAUGCGGCAAGGCUUACUAUGGAGGUGAAGCACGAUGCGAUGCCGAACUCGGUGAAAACUAUAAUCCACAAGAGCUAGUUUGUGGAGGCUGCAGUGACGUAGUAAAAGCACAGAUGUGCUCCAAACACGGAACGGAUUUCCUGGAGUACAAGUGCCGCUACUGCUGUUCAGUGGCUGUGUUUUUCUGCUUCGGAACAACUCAUUUCUGUGACACAUGUCACGACGAUUUUCAGCGGCUUACCAAUAUUCCGAAAAUGAAACUGCCCAAGUGUCCAGUUGGACCGAAAGCUAAACAACUUAUUGGCGAGGAGUGUCCAUUACAUGUAAUACACCCACCCACGGGAGAAGAGUUUGCCCUGGGCUGUGGAAUAUGUCGAAAUGCUCAUACAUUUUAG